AUGUUAAAAGAGUCGGCAGCUAUUAUUGUUCCUGUUCUCACAGAGUUGUUUAAUAACUCACUAAAGUAUGUGGAGUUUCCAAAAGCAUGGCAAUUAGGGUACAUAAUACCAUUGUACAAGUCUGAUGAUCCUCAAUCAUCGAACAACUAUCGCCCCAUUACACUUUUACCAGCUGUAUCAAAAAUCUUUGAGCGAGUCAUUUAUCGACAUCUCUAUGGUUUUUUAAGAACCAACAACUUAAUUUGUAAAACCCAGUCUGGUUUUGUACCCCACGACUCCUCUGUGAAUCAACUAAUUUCAAUAGUUGAUUUUAUUGCUAAUAAUUUGAAUAAGGGAAAUCCGGGACUAGCAGCGUUUUUGGAUUUCAGGAAGGCAUUCAACAAGGUUUCACAUAGUGGACUACUGGUUAAGGUUCGCGGUAAGGGAUUACCUGAUUCGCUGGUUCGAUGGUUUGACAGCUAUCUAUCGUUCAGACGCAUUGUGACUAUGGUUGACGGAAAUACAUCGGAUGAGCUAUCUGUAACGUGCGGAGUUUCCCAGGGUUCUGUAUUAGGACCAUUGCUUUUUCUAAUCUACAUUGAUGAUCUACCUAUAUCGAUUAGAUCAACUUGUAAAUUAUUUGAAGAUGACGUGUCUUUAUACACAACCACAACUGAUAUCACAACUGCUGUCAAAGUUAUGAAUCAAGGUCUUGCUGAAAUCGUUGCAUGGUCGGUGAAAUGA